CACUUCUCGCGAGGCUGCGGUAGGGCCGGCCCGACAUGGCGGAAGAGGAGGUGGCCAAGCUGGAGAAGCACUUGAUGCUUCUCCGACAGGAGUACGUGAAGCUGCAGAAGACGCUGGCGGAGACGGAGAAGAGAUGCGCGCUUCUGGCUGCACAAGCGGACAAGGAGAGCAGCAGUGAGUCCUUCAUCAGCCGCCUGCUGGCGAUCGUGGCCGGCCUCUAUGAGCAGGAGCAGUACAGUGAUCUGAAGAUAAAGGUUGGGGACAGGCACAUCUGCGCUCACAAGUUUGUGCUGGCGGCCCGCAGCGACAGCUGGAGUCUGGCUACUUUGUCUUCUACCGAGGAGUUGGACCUAUCAGAUGCCGACCCUGCGGUGACAAGGGCGAUGCUGCGCUGGGUGUACACGGACGAGCUGCAGUUCCGGGAAGACGACGCGUUCCUGACGGAGCUGAUGAAGCUGGCGAACCGGUUUCAGCUGCAGCUCCUCAGGGAGAGAUGUGAGAAGAGCGUCAUGUCUCUGGUGAACGUCAGGAACUGUAUCCGCUUCUAUCAGACUGCAGAGGAGCUGGGCGCCGGCACGCUGAUGAACUAUUGUGCGGAAAUCAUCGCCAGCCACUGGGACGACCUGCGGAAGGAGGACUUCAGUAGCAUGGGCGCCCAGCUGCUGUACAAGAUGAUCAAGUCCAAGACCGAGUACCCGUUGCACAAGGCGAUCAGAGUAGAGAGAGAGGAUGUGGUCUUCCUGUAUCUGAUCGAGAUGGACUCACAGCUCCCUGGAAAGCUGAACGAAGUGGACCAUAACGGAGACCUGGCUCUAGAUCUAGCCCUGUCACGGCGACUAGAGAGCAUCGCCACCACGCUGGUUAACCACAAGGCUGACGUGGACAUGCUCGACAGGAACGGCUGGAGCUUGUUGCAUAAAGGAAUCCAGAGGGGAGAUCUCUUUGCUGCCACCUUCCUCAUUAAGAAUGGGGCCCUUGUCAAUGCUGCUACGUUGGGUGCCCAGGAGACACCGUUGCACCUCGUGGCAUCGUGCAGUGCAAAGAAACACUCAGCAGCUGCAAUGUCUGAGAUGGCCCAGAUCGCAGAGUCCCUUCUGCAGGCCGGCGCCAACCCCAACAUGCAGGACAGCAAGGGCAGGACGCCCCUGCACGUGUGCAUCACGGCCAGGAACGAGCACGUCUUCAGCCAGCUGCUGCAGUGCGAGCGGCUGGAUCUGGAGCUGAAGGACCAUGAGGGCAGCACCGCCCUGUGGCUCGCCGUGCAGUACGUCACCAUGUCCCCCGACCACUCCGUGAACCCCUUCGAAGACCUCCCGGUGGUGAACGGGACCUCCUUUGAUGAAAACAGCUUCGCGGCCCGACUCAUCCAGCGUGGCAGCAACACCAACGCCCCAGACACUGUCACAGGGAAUUGCUUACUGCAGCGGGCGGCUGAAGCAGGGAAUGAGGCAGCGGCUCUCUUCCUGGCGACCAGUGGUGCCCAGGCCAACCACAGGAACAAGUGGGGAGAAACCCCGUUGCACACAGCCUGCCGCCGCGGCCUGGCCGGCCUCACCGCGGAGCUGCUGCAACAGGGCGCCAACCCGAACCUGCAGACACAGGAAGCCCUGCCGCCACCGAGGGAGGCCGCGUCCGCCAGCGGCCCUGCGGACGGUGUCUACCUGCAGACCCCACUGCACAUGGCCAUCGCCUAUAAUCAUCCCGACGUGGUGUCUGUCAUCCUGGAGCAGAAAGCUAAUGCUCUUCAUGCCACCAACAACUUGCAAAUCAUUCCGGACUUCAGCCUCAAGGACUCCCGAGACCAGACGGUGCUGGGCCUGGCCUUGUGGACGGGCAUGCACACGAUCGCAGCGCAGCUGCUGGGCUCUGGGGCCGGCAUCAACGACGCCAUGGCGGACGGGCAGACCUUGCUGCACAUGGCCAUGCAGCGGCAGGACAGCAGGAGCGCGCUCUUCCUCCUGGAGCACCAGGCGGACAUAAAUGUCAGGACUCAGGACGGGGAGACGGCCCUUCAGCUGGCCAUCAGAAACCAGCUUCCGCUUGUGGUGGACGCCAUCUGCACCCGGGGCGCGGACAUGUCCGUGCCAGAUGAGAAGGGGAACCCCCCGCUGUGGCUCGCCUUGGCAAACGGUCUGGAGGACAUCGCAUCCACCCUGGUCAGACAUGGCUGCGAUGCCACAUGCUGGGGCCCGGGGCCUGGGGGGUGCCUGCAGACGCUCCUGCACAGGGCCAUCGAUGAGAACAACGAGUCUACUGCCUGCUUCCUUAUUCGCAGUGGCUGCGACGUGAACAGUCCCAGGCAGCCCGGUCCUAACGGAGAAGGGGAGGAGGAGGCCAGAGACGGGCAGACCCCCUUGCAUCUGGCAGCCUCCUGGGGACUGGAGGAGACGGUACAGUGUCUUCUGGAAUUUGGUGCCAGCGUAAACACACAGGACGCGGAAGGGAGAGCGCCUGUGCACGUGGCCAUCAGCAACCAGCACAGCGUCAUCAUUCAGUUGCUGAUCUCCCACCCCGAUAUCCACUUGAGCGUCCGCGACAGACAGGGGCUGACCCCUUUCGCCUGCGCCAUGACUUACAAGAAUAACCGGGCGGCGGAGGCCAUCCUCAAGCGGGAGUCGGGGGCUGCCGAGCAGGUGGAUAACAAGGGCCGGAAUUUUCUUCAUGUGGCAGUUCAGAACUCUGAUAUCGAGAGCGUCCUGUUCCUGAUCAGCGUGCAGGCGAAUGUGAACUCCAGAGUCCAGGAUGCCUCCAAGCUGACCCCUUUGCACCUCGCCGUCCAAGCGGGCUCGGAGAUCAUCGUCCGCAACUUGCUUCUUGCAGGAGCCAGAGUGAAUGAGCUGACGAAGCAUCGCCAGACGGCCCUCCAUCUCGCCGCCCAGCAGGACCUGCCCACCAUCUGCUCUGUCCUCCUGGAGAACGCAGUGGACUUCGCUGCUGUGGAUGAGAAUGGAAAUAACGCUCUGCAUCUCGCGGUCAUGCACGGUCGGCUCAACAACAUCCGGGUCCUCCUGACUGAGUGCACCGUGGACGCCGAAGCCUUCAACCUGCGCGGCCAGUCGCCGCUGCACAUCCUGGGACAGUACGGCAGAGAGAAUGCAGCGACCAUCUUCGAGCUGUUCCUGGAGUGCAUGCCCGAGUACCCUCUGGAUAAGCCGGAUGCAGAAGGGAACACGGUGCUGCUCUUGGCGUACAUGAAAGGGAAUGCCAACUUGUGCCGCGCCAUUGUCCGCUCUGGGGCUCGCCUUGGGGUCAACAAUAACCAGGGAGUCAACAUUUUCAACUACCAGGUCGCCACGAAGCAGCUUCUGUUCAGACUGUUAGACAUGCUGUCCAAGGAGCCUCCAUGGUGCGACGGGUCCACCUGUUACGAAUGUGCCGCCAAGUUUGGAGUCACGACUCGCAAGCAUCACUGCCGCCACUGCGGACGCCUUCUGUGCCAUAAAUGCUCGACCAAGGAGAUUCCUAUUAUAAAGUUUGAUCUGAACAAGCCCGUGAGGGUUUGCAACAUUUGCUUUGAUGUACUGACUCUGGGAGGGGUCUCUUAGGGAUCCCCCAGGCCACAUCCCGGUCGCCUCGCCGGCAGCUGCUCUGCUCAAGAGCCUGACCCACCCAGAGCAGGGGCUGGCCGUCCUGUCUUCCUGCGGAACAGACUGAACGAUGAAGGACCCAGGGGGGAUUGACCCCAUUACAAGGAUUCCAUUGGGUUGUCCGUGUGUCCGACUGUGAUCGAGGUCACUGACGACUUGGUGGACCAAGUUGUGUCGUCUCAGCGGCACCUGUGACAAGAGUUGGACCCCAUUCUGCUUGCAACAUACAGGGACACUUGGAAAACCCCUCCCCUCCCAGUAGUUUAGUGUCCGUGUGGAGCAAUCCCGUGGUCUUCCUGCGCUGGCGGCCGGGCGGGUGGGAGCC